AAAUCUCAAUUAAACAAUACAAAUGUCCCCCAAUCUCCAAACUCCAAAUCUACCCAAUCCACAUCUUCCCCCCUUUUGAAUCAUCCAAAGUGUGCCCAAACCCAAGACACAAUCAUACAUCAUGUGACCCACUUGCUCAAUUUGUGCAUUAAGUGCUUAGUCCUCCUCAAAACCCUUGCCCUCUUAAAAUUAGCCACAUUCCCCGUGCCCUCUUGAGAAAUGAGAGCUUCUAGGGCACCCAAGAAGCAUAAGAGGCUUCAGCAGACUGGGUGCCGGACACUGUGUUGUAAUUGCCGGUUCAGCGUGUCCUCGUCCGAGGAAGCUGAGAGCAGUAGCUCGGACCGCUUCGCAUCAAUCUCGAGCCUCGCCCACGCGAUGGUACAAGAGAGGCUCGACCAGAUGAUAAGAGAGAAGCAAGAGGGGAGGCAUUACUCUGAGAGGAGGAAGCAUAGGGCAGUGGAGGAGGAAGUUAGUACUAAUGUUGGUACCACUAAGUUCGUGGUUAUGGUGGCAAUGGAGAAGAGCUCUUGCAACCCGAGAGCGGACUUCAGGGACUCCAUGGUUGAGAUGAUAACCGCAAACAAGAUCGAGGACCCCAAGGACCUGAGGUGCCUCUUGAAUUAUUACCUCACUAUGAAUUCAGACGAUUAUCGGGGGAUGAUUCUUGAAGUGUUCCACGAAGUCUGUACAGGCUUGUUUCUUUGCUGUAAAUGCCGUUACAGAUGAGCGCAAUUAUGUGCAGCCUUUCGAAUAUUAUCAUUUUUUGUCUAUUAUUGGAAGGAUUUACGGAAUGUGAAGUUUUCAAUGAAAUCACAGUACAGAUUGCUAGAAGAGAAAUUUGUCUUUGAAUAUUUACUCUUCAUUUCAUUCAUGAACUUUAAUUUCUUGAAAAUUCUUUUGAUGAGCUGUUAUCGAUGGUUGUACAUGUCUUGCUUUGCGUAUCUCAAUAUAACAGAAGUAAGUCCACGUAUUACUUAACCUAAAAUACAAGUGGAAUUAUUUCGGACUUUAAUUUGUAGUUUUUUUUUUCUUUUUUUGGGUAUAUACACUAUGGUAUUCGGAAGUCUCACGGCUCCUGCUUGAUCUAAUUCGAACCAAAUCGGCAACUUAGGAGGUAAAAACUCUCUCAAUUAUAGAUUUUCUACAUUUGCAAGUUGCGAAUACGAUUUGUAAUGCUUUUCUUAAUGGUUGAUAAUUUUAUGAGCCAGCGAAUUUUCUUUUU